GCCCAUCACGAGUAGGAGGCCCCCGUACCGCUCGCUUCUGUUCUUUCUUCUUCCCCAAUCUGUGCUGCCGCCGCCGUCGACCCGAGCUCGAGGCGGUUGCCAGAGUUCGUCGCUUCUUCGCUGCGCGUCUGACCCGAACCCGUUCUCAGGAUGGUUGCGUCAAUGGAUGUCCCUGCCAAGGGCGGGUUCAGCUUUGAUCUGUGCCCCAGGAAUCGCAUGCUGGAGAAGAAGGGCCUCAAGGUUCCCGGUUUCAGAAAGACUGGGACUACAAUUGUUGGUUUGGUUUUUGCGGAUGGUGUUGUUCUUGGGGCAGACACAAGGGCAACUGAGGGGCCUAUAGUUGCUGACAAGAACUGUGAGAAAAUUCAUUAUAUGGCACCAAAUAUCUAUUGCUGUGGAGCAGGAACUGCUGCUGAUACGGAGGCCGUAACAGACAUGGUUAGCUCCCAGCUGGAGCUCCACCGAUAUGCAACUGGUCGCGUAUCAAGAGUUGUAACAACUCUUACACUCUUAAAAUCGCACCUUUUUAGAUAUCAAGGUCAUGUUAGCGCGGCCCUUGUUCUUGGUGGAGUUGAUUGUACUGGACCGCAUCUACACACAGUUUAUCCACAUGGUUCAACAGACACACUGCCAUUUGCCACAAUGGGUUCAGGGUCCCUUGCUGCAAUGUCAGUUUUUGAAUCAAAGUACAAAGAAGGCCUCACGAGGGAAGAGGGAAUACAGCUUGUAUCAGAAGCAAUUUGUGCUGGUAUCUUCAAUGAUUUGGGUAGUGGCAGCAAUGUCGAUGUUUGUGUAAUUACCAAGCAGGGUAAAACUGAAUACUUAAGGAACCACCAGUUGCCAAAUCCAAGGACAUACGUCAGCUCCAAGGGAUACAGCUUUGUCCAGGGACAGACUGAGGUACUGUCGACGAAGAUUACUCCCUUGAAAACCAAGGGUGAGGUUACCGUCGGUGAUGCCAUGGAAGAAUGAUCAUGUAUUCAUGUAUGCUGUAAUGGACUUAUGGUUAUGGUUUGGUUGGCACAUUUUUUUUAGAAAGAAAAAAGAAGCUUGGUACAUGUGCCAG